AUACGUAACCUGAAUGGUUUCAGAGGCUACUACAAGCCCUCUCAUAUUUGGCACCAGCUAAAAAUCCGCAAGCAUAUCUCAUUUGUAGUAAUGACACAGUGGACGUACGUCGUUGUUGCAGCUUUCUCCUGGUCAUCUUUUCUCUUCGUCUAGCGGAAGGUGCCCCCUACAAUUAUGGAGUUUUAAAAAAGGAAGUGAGAGUUUUGGGGGGGAAAGGAGGCCUUUCCCCUCAAGUUUGAUGGUUGGACUGCUGGACGAGAAGAAGGCCUCUGUAGCACAAAAGAGAGGAGGGUUCAUGAUGAGUCUGUCAACGCCGGACUGCACCUCCAAAUGCCGGUCACAGCAGCAUGCGGACCAGGUGGUAGCCGCACUGACGCGUGGCUCUGAGGGGAAACUCCGGCAAUUCCUAAACGCACACUGCUACAAUGCGGCCACCCUGCGGGAUGCCUUCGGUCGCACAGCCCUCCAUCUAGCAGCCUCGCUGGGAAAGAAGGCCCUGCUGGAAUGGCUGCUGGAGAGUAAGAGUGCUGACGUGAUGCUGAAGGAUAAGGAGUCUGGCUGGACAGCUUUGCAUCGGAGCGCCUUCUAUGGGCAGAUCCACUGUCUCAUAUCACUGGUCAAGCAUGGGGGGCUUCUCUCAACUCAAGACAAGGAGGGUCUCUCCGUUCUCGACCUGACAAUGAAGGACCGACCGACACAUGUAGUGUUCAGAAACACCGAUCCAACUGAAGUGUACACAUGGGGAAACAAUAAUAAUUUCAGUCUGGGCCACGGCAAUCAAGAGAGCCGGCAGCACCCUGAGCUCGUGGAUGUUUUUGCCAGGACUGGAGUUUAUAUCAAGCAGGUGGUCCUGUGUAAAUUCCACUCCGUGUUCCUGACGCAGAAAGGCCAAGUGUUUACUUGUGGGCACGGACAGGGAGGAAGACUUGGUCAUGGAGAUGAACAGACUUAUAUGGUUCCUCGGAUGGUUGAGGGUCUCAUGUCCCACCACUGCUCCCAGGUGGCAGCAGCUAAAGACCACACAGUGGUGCUGACGGAGGAGGGAUAUGUUUACACCUUCGGCCUCAACAGCUACCACCAGCUGGGCCUGUCUCCUCCUCCCGCCUCAGCACAUGUCCCCAAACAGGUGUUCUCCAAGACAUUGAAAGGCAGGACAGUGAUUGGAGUUGCGGCAGGGAAGUUCCACACGGUGCUGUGGACCAGGGAGGCUGUCUAUACAAUGGGACUUAAUGGAGGCCAGCUGGGUUACUUGCUAGAUCCUAAUGGGGAGAAGUGUGUGACAUCUCCUCGGCAAGUGUCAGCCCUGCACCACAAGGAUGUUACUAUAGCCAUGGCAGCAGCUAGUGAUGGAGCAACAGUAGUUGUGACGGAGAAGGGGGAUGUUUACCUGUUGGCUGACUACCAGUGCAAGAAAAUGGCUUCUAGGCAGCUCAACAUCAGAAAGGUCCUGGUCAGUGGCGGCAGCCUGGAUCACAGAGUAGACCCACAGCUCUUGAACGAGGGAGGAGGGGAAAAGGUGGUCGUCUUGGCAUUAGAUGAAGCUGGGAGGGUGUUUUGCUGGCGUUCCUCUGGCAGCUCGGUGAGACAGUGCCGGUGGGCGUAUGCGCGUCAAGUUUUCAUGUCGGACAUCGCUCUCAGCAAGAACAGCAUGAUGUUUGUGACUCAGGACGGAGAAGGCUUCAGUGGAGUGUGGGCUGGCGAAUAUAAGAAGUAUGGGGAGAAGAAAGAGGUCAGUGUGGAGGUCUGCGGUCAUUCAGAUGCCGGCACAACUUAUGAACGAAUCCGCCUCGAGAAACUCCCCCACAUCCACAGGGCUGUCAGCAUCACCAUGGACUCUAAAGGGCGCAAUUUUGGAGUGCUUCAGGCUAACCCCAAAACCAGCCUGUAUGAGAUUCCAAUCAUUUCUCCAUCCUCCUUCUCCCAACACCUGCGGAGCCUUCUGGAUGAGGCGGACGAAAUGGACAGCAUCCACGAUGUGACACUUCAGGCUGGGGAUCGCACCUUCCCAGCUCACAAGUACAUUCUGUCCAUGAGAUCCGAGUUCUUCCGGAAACAGUUCAUGUCUGAGCGCUGUGAGGUGGUUGAAGAGCUCGACAGCGAAGUGAAGAAGAGCGAAGACGCGGUCGGCUGUGAUUUACUCAUUUUGGAAAAAAUCCCAGCAGACAUGCUGGAAUACGCUCUCCACUUCAUCUACACGGACUCUUGUGAGCUGCUGGUGCAUGGGGCACGGCCGAGAGUCUCGGGCGUGUUGAUGGCACAAAACCAGGAUUCAGAACAAGAGAGGCUUAUCAGCAGCCUGCAGGACUUGGGUCUGAGAGGACGCUCAGCCCUUGAGGUGUACCGUUCCCUUCCCCCAGGCACCAAAGGCGAUGGUGACAAGGCCAAGAGCAAGGGCUCCAAGCCUGGCAAAAAGAGCAAAGGAGGCAAAGGUGACAAGGCCGGAACCAACGAAGGAGGAGCCAACCCUGUCAAAACCUUGCAGGGUGUUGCAAAAAAGCUCGGCCUGGGCAGCCUGUCAGCUCGACUGGAUGGUGUCAAAUAUGAAAACGGAAAGAUCAAUGUUACACAAAAGAAAACUGGAAACAAACUCAGAUUCUACCAACAAAAAUGUUCUUAUCUUUGUGACGUUACUCUGAAAUCUGAAGAUGGGAAAGAGUUUCCUUGUCACAAAAGCGUCCUCUGUGCAAGACUUGAAUACUUCCACAGUAUGCUGGGAAACCCCUGGAUUGAGGCCACCUCCUGUUCUGCGUUGGAGAUGCCUACCAGCUCCGAAGUUCUGAAGGUCAUUCUCGAGUAUCUUUACACAGACGAGUCUCCCACUAUUAAAGAGUCUCUGAACGUGGAGUUUGUCUGCAACGUGUUGGUUGUAGCUGACCAGCUGCUCAUCACACGCCUAAAGGAGAUGUGCGAGGUCAUCAUCACGGAGAACUUGACUCUGAAGAAUGCCGCGGAGUUGCUGGAGUUUGCAGCCAUGUACAACGCAGAGCAGCUAAAACUGUCCUGCUUCCAGUUCAUCGUGCUCAACAUGGCCGCCCUGCUGGAGUCAAAAGCUUUGGAUAUUCUUAGUGAUGAAGUGCUUGUGGAGCUUUCGGCAGCCUACAGGAGGAUGAUCCCAGCAAUGCAGAAGCGUAUCAUCACCCCGUAUCCUGGUGCACCAGACCUCAGUGUGUACGAGGAGGAAGAUUUGGACUCUGCGUUUAGCCCCAAACCAGAGGAAGAACUGGAUCACUCGAGCAGGGAAAUCUUGUUAAAGAAGGCCAAGAUGAAGGCUAAAAAGAAACCAAGGAGACGCUCUGACAGCUCAGGAGGUUACACCCUGUCUGAUAUCAUCCAAAGCCCUCCCGCUGCAGUGGUGUCCCCGUGCCUGGUGAAGUCAAACAAGGCUAACUCCACAGAGUCCCUGCAGGAGCUUCUCACAUCUGACUCAGAAGGCAGCUAUAUGGGGGUGGGCAGUCCCAGAGAGAUGCAGUCCCCCAUCUUCCAUGACAGAGCUGAGGAUGAGAAGGCUUUCGGUCGAGGGCUGAAGACUCCACCCAGCACCCCAACUGCCUUGAGGAACGGCCUCCAAACUCCCCCAAAUUCAGCACCGCAAACCAUACCCAAGGCACUUCCUUGUCCAACUCGUGCACCUCCAGUCUUGGAUCUAAGAACCAUCAUGGACAUGGAAGCCAACUCCCCACAGACACUUGGAGCCACUCCUAAAAGCCCUGGAAGUGUCAGCACCAACAUCAAGCACUCCCCUGUUUCCACCAAAUUGUCUCAGAAGCAGAGGAAGAUGUUGGCCCUGGCCAGCAAGGAGACUAGUGUAGAGUCCACUGCAUCCAAACCAGCCCCCGCAGUCACCCCAUCCAAAACCAGUGGGAAGGCCUGGGCAACGGCUGUCCAGUCGCCACCGUCCUCCUGCUCAUUUCGAGCUCUGCUGGAGGAAGAGGAGAACCGUUUAAUCAGAGCGGGUCAAACUGGAACGCCGAGGGGGCACGUUGCCGUGGGAUCCCCCGUCACUGCUGCACCUCCUGCAACCGCUGCCAGGAGGGUCACAUUCAAAUGUGCCGAAAGCAGCGAACCAGAGAAACCCACUGGGCCGUGGGUGCUGGGUGCAGUUGGCAGCCCUCCCCUUUCCUCCCUGGUGACCUUUGCUUCCAUCGUGGAGGAGGAGAAGCAACAGGAAGCCGCGCUGAUCCGCAGUCGAGAGAAGCCACUGGCACUCAUCCAGAUCGAGGAGCGGGCCAUCCAGGACCUCCUGUUCCACUAUAAGGCGCGUGACAACCCAGAUGAGCUGAUAGUGGUGGAGAGGUCUUCCAGAGGUCCCAUUGCAACUCCAACCUGGAACAAACACUAAUAUUAAACACCACAGCACAUGCCAUUUAAGUGAGAACACCUCGUCAUAUUGUCGCUCAGUAUUGUUCGCAGGGUCUCUGCUAGGCCCCUGCCCUCCUCCCAAAGCCCCAUCAGCCCACGUUGAGAAGUACCUCAGACUCAGCCAGCCCAUUUCAAGAUGAGUCUGAAGCAAAGCUAUCCUUCUUUUUGCAGUGUUACUUCAAUGUCAUGUCAUUGCUGCUCAGCACUUCGUAUGUCUGCGAGAGAGAAUGAGUGUUUUCCGCAAAUUGAUUGUGGUCCUGAGGAGAAUUUUUUUGGGCCUCUUUGUGUUGUUAGUAUUUGUUUAUUUGUCUUUCUUUUCUCAACAAGACAAAAACUUAAACAACUUCCCCCAUACAAAUAGUGAUUGUUAGUGAUGUGAAGUUGCCAAAGAAAUGAAGAUAUGUUGAGAUCUUGAAGCCACAAUAUGGGUCCAAAGUAAAUCACCACAAGAGCUUGUGUGCGUGUGUGUGCGUGCGUGCGUGUGCGUGCGUGCGUGCGUGUGUGUUGAAUCAGUGGAAGCCCUCAAUGUGAUUAAGGAAAGUAAGAGUGCCAAUUAUCAACUGUGGCAGAGCAUCAGCUGGAGUUAAUAAGUAAAGUGAGCUGUUUACCAAGGCAGUACGUUUAGUUUCUUUUCAUGGUCCAGUUUCUAUCUACACCUUUUGGCUGAUUUUCCUGAUUUGCAGUGGCAGGUAUGAUAGUGCAGGGAUCAGUUAAUAUAUUGCUUUAAACUCAAAUGCACAUAGUUAAAAUGCAUUACAUGGUGCAGCUACAGUCGAAGCUUAAGCCAGACUUAACUCAGUAGGGCUGAUUGUGUGACUGGUUGUUACUAAUGUGUUUUAGGGAUGGCGUGCCUUUAUCGAAGAAUGACACAUAUAUACAGAAGUCUUUAUUUUCCUCUUAAUUCAUUAAUUUCCUCAUCAGUUGUGUUACUCUCCAGCUCUUUUUCUGGAGCCAGUGGAAGCUUAGUAGGUACCUCAGAUCUGGACCAUGUACUCAUCUUUAGAUGCCAUUUUUGUGUAUGCGCGUGUGAAACUUAAGGGUGUGAAGAGUAAAUGGCAUGCAAUAAUAAAGUAUCUCACCUGUGCAAUCAA